GUGUUGGCUGUAAAUGAGACAACGGUCAGCGACAAGAUUAGCAAAUUCCGUCUGCAAAUUAGAAUUACCUAGUGCUAUUUAAAUUAUACUUUUCUACAAUAAACCUGAAAAUGUCGAAACUUUUGGCUGUUCCUCUGAAAAAGCCGUCAGAAGUGGACGUGGUGAAGCCUCUGAACAAUCUCAUACAAAGUACCUACAAUGGUUCAACCGCUGAAGAGAAGGCGCAGUACACAGAGGCAGUAAAUGACUUUUCAAAGCAACGCAAUACGGCUAUUUGGAAGUUUUUCGAGAAGUAUGAGGCGUCACUGGAAGUCGUUUAUGCCUACUAUGAUCAAAUAUGCGCCCUGGAAACAAAGAUAUCUGCCAGCGAGCUGCAGAUACCGUUCAAGUGGAAGGAUGCUUUCGACAAAGGAUCUAUUUUCGGUGGCAAAAUCAGUUUGACUCACACCUCAAUUUUGUUUGAGAAGGUAUGUGUGCUGUUCAACAUUGCUGCCUUGCAGAGCAGUGUGGCGGCGAGUCAGCAGCUGGACACAGACGAGGGUCUUAAGCUGGCCAUUAAGCUGUUGCAGCAGAGCGCUGGAAUUUUCCAGUAUUUGAAGGGUGCCACGCCCGCAGCGGUGCCUUCGGAACCGACGCCAGAUUUAAGCCAGGACACGUUGAUUGUAUUACAGGCAUUGAUGGUGGCCCAGGCGCAGGAAGUGUUCAUACUGAAGGCCAUUAAAGAUAACAUGAAGGACCAGAUCAUAGCCAAGCUGUGCUGUCAGGGUGAAGAGUUUUAUGCGGAUGUGCUGCGUGCCAUGCAGAAGGAGUCGGUGCGCAAUGUAUGGGAAAAGGAAUGGAUACCCACAGUGGCAGGCAAGCAGGCUGGGCUUCAUGCUCUCACCCAGCUGUAUCAGAGCUUGGCCUGUCGCUCGGCUAAGAAGAUUGGCGAGGAGAUUGCUCGUCUGCGGAAUGCCAUCGAUCUGUUCAAAGCUGCACAGUCUCGAGGCGGCAAUGAGACUUAUCUGGAUGAAUACUUUAGUCGCGCCAAGCGUAAUCUGGCCGAGUCCACCAAGGACAAUGAGUUUAUUUACAAUGAAAUGAUACCAGAGCUAAGCACAUUGGCUUCGCCGGGCAAGGCGCAACUGGCCAAACCGCUGCCCAUUGGUGUGCCCAUGGCUAGCAACUUUAAGGACAUAUUCACCAAUCUGGUGCCCGUUGAACUGCACCGAGCUCUGACCGCUUCUGAUAUGCGCAAGAACGAGAUCGUUAAUGGGGAAAUCAUGAAGCUGCGUGAAUCUACUCAAACUCUUAACGCUGUCUUGGCCAGCUUAAAUCUUCCUGCUGCUGUGGAAACCACAGACAGCAACAGCGGCCUGCCACCUUCGCUCCGUGAGAAAGCAAACGAAGUACGCGAAAAGGGAGGAAUUGAGAACGUGCAGACGAUGCUUAGGGAUCUGCCCGAGUUGCUUAACCGUAAUCGUGAGAUACUGGAUGAGACCGAACGUCUGAUGGACGAGGAGCGUGACUCGGACAAUCAGUUGCGUGCUCAGUUUAAGGAGCGCUGGACCCGCAUUAGCUCGGACAAGCUGACGGAAAUGUUCCGCACAAAUUUGAAAAAGUAUCGCGAAGUUAUCACUAAUGCAAUUGAAGCCGAUAAGGUAGUGCGUCAAAAGUUCGAGGCUAAUCAAAAGGGCAUUGAACUUCUCUCACUGCCACCAGAGCAAAUACAGCAGGCUCUACCUUCGGCCAGUGGAAGCGUGGAUCCCACAUGCUCUAGUGUCCAACGCCUAAAGCAGCUGAUGGAGGCCGUUGACACAAUCAAGGCCGAGCGUGAUGCCGUCGAAUCGGAGCUGAAGUCGGCAACAUUCAACAUGAAGGAUGAGUUUCUGCAUGCUCUGCAAAAGGAUGGUGCCAUCGAUGAGCCCGCCUUGUCUCUAUCGCGUAUCGGACAGGUGUUGAACCCGUUGCAAGCACAGGUCAAGGAGAGUGUGGAGCGCCAGCAAACGCUCGUUUCAGACAUUCAAGCUGCACAUGGAACCUUUGUCUCCGAGACGGGCAAUUGUGGCAGCUCUCGAGACAAACUAUACAAGGAGCUGGCUACCGCCUAUGAUAGCUACGUGGAGUUGUCGGGCAAUCUACAGGAGGGCACUAAAUUUUACAACGAUCUUACCCAGCUGUUGGUUGUUUUCCAGAACAAGAUAAGUGAUUUUGUGUUUGCACGCAAAACCGAAAAGGAAGAGUUGCUCAAGGAUCUUACCACUGAGUCAAGUCGCCAGGCACCUCCGGCCACACCCGCCUUGCCAUCACAUUACGCUUCAACCUCGGGCAGCGGCAGCGACAUUCCAAGCAUGCCCGUUGGUGCUCCAGGUGCACCGCCAGGUGCUAACCCCCAUGUGCCGUACCCAGCGCAAGUGCAUAUGCCAGUCCCAUAUGGGGCAUCAGCAAAUGCGCCGUAUCCCAACUAUGUACCACCUCCCAUGCCUCAGAGCUUCAAUCCCUACGCCACGUUGCCAUAUCCGGGCAACUAUCAAUAUGGUGGAUUCCCUCAGGGGCCAGCUCCUGGAAAUUACGGCACCUAUCCAGGCAGUUAUGCCCAUCAACAGGGGGGCUAUCCCAACCAAAAGCCACCCGGCUGGUAAACAGCUAAUCCCUCCAUCAACGUAUCUUAUAUUUUGCACUGUGUUUACCCAGCAGCUCUACUGCAUAUUAUGUUAUUCGCGUAUCGAAAUUUUAUAGAAACCAAAUUGGCAAUGGCAUUUAAUGCGCAUUUUUCUGGUUUUGUUUGGAAUUUUAUAAAACAAAGUUGAAUGAUUAUUGGAUUUUAAUCUCAUAUAUACGUAUCACAAUAAACGUUCCGUCUUAGCGCUAUAAA